GGGGAAGAGCUGGGCUAGAUGGGCCAUGGAUGUUUUGAACAUCUGUGGCCCAUACAAGAGGGGUUUGGCCCAGCCCUAUUCUGAAAAGAUGUCAUGAGUCCUCUAUUUUGCUGCUGGCUUGCCCAGAAGUCGAAGACUUUCUGGGCAUUCCAUCAUCAUUCCACAUACUGGAAGCAGGUUCAGCCCAGAUUUUUCUUGAAUUGUGUCCAAGGUCUGUGGAUAUGUCAGACAUCAGGAUUAAACUUAAGGCUGUGAAUAUUUUUUCGGUUCUGGACACUGCCACGAUGCUCGCUGUGAGCCUAGGAUUUCAACUCAAGGCUUCAUCUUUGCUUCCUCCCUUGCACGCGACAGCCAUUGCGAUGCGGAAAGUGACAGCGAUAGCUGCGGCGAUGGUUGCAUCGGCUGCAGAGCUUAGCUCCUUGCGUUUGGGCCAUGGCGGCCAUGACCACUUUGGAGGGCACGAGAUGGAACGGUCCUUCCUGAUGUACGCAGAGCUGCCCAUGGGCGAGGAGGCCCUGAAAGCUCGAGGCUGGCACAAACACGGGUCGGAGUGUGACCCCGCUUUGGGCUAUGCUUGGACUGAGAAGGCGGAGGGCAACACCAAGAGCACCCCCCUCGUGCUGUACACCACGCAGGGUGGACAGCCAUCAGGUGUGGGCAUCACGGUGGUGGGUUACAACGGCCAUCCGCCCCUUCCAGAGGAGCAGCAGAAGUGGGCCACGGCCACCCCCUUGACGCCUAACAACAUCGAAGAGCAGGUGGCUCAUCUCGAUGUGGCUUUCCGCUAUGGGUCGAUCCUAUGCUCCGGCGAGACAGAGGAAGCCGUCGUGGGCACCACGCUCAUCGUGAACCCCACGAGUGAGGGGAAUUCGAAGACCAUCCCUUUGACGGAGCAGGGUGUGAAGGAGCAAGGCUGGCAUCGAGGGUCUUGUUUUGAUGGAAUGGGCUGGCAUUGGUUUCUGGACACCAAGCAGGACAAGCCACCAAGUGGCAUGUCUUGGAUGGCGCAGAAUCUCUUUCCUGUGGUUGCCAUGUACCACGAAGGGCAGAUGAAUGCCAUCUUCUUCGCAGCACACCUGAGCCAGGUCUCCGUACCGUUCCUUGCCACCAACGAGUGGGAUCCGGCUGGGCUGGACAGCGGGAAGAUGUGCAAAAACACCUGUGACAAGGACUGCAACUUCACGGGCAUGGUGGACACCUUUUCCACCGCACACAUCUACUUCCGUGACCACAAAGAAGUGAGCUGCCCAUCUGAGCUGCAGUGCAGCAUUCAGUUUCCGAUCAGGGCCGCUUGCUGCGACACCGCACAAGAUGGCACCGUGGUCGUGUAAGUCGCCAAUGUGCACUUGGCACACUUGGCACACUUCAUUACCCAGACCAUCCAUGUGUGGAAUAUUUACCUGCAUUGACCCUUGAAAGCUUAAAAGGACCCCAAUGUAGGCAAAUAUUCCAUAGGUAGGUGGUUAGGGUUAUUUUGCCAUCUGAGAACUGAUGGAUGACAUGGAUGUUUUGCAACUGUUACAUUGAUGGCUAACCAGCCUGA